CGCUUUCAUUCUGUGCAUGAAACGCUUGAAGUGCGUCGUGGUGGGAGAGGCACAAAGUUUGCAGAGGAUAUUUGAAUAUCGUUUCUUCUACUUUAUGUCAUCAUAACGGCGUUUUGUACAUCGCUUGGCAGCAGUUUUGAACUAACCGGUUUUAAACAUUGAAUUGAAGAUAUAAAUCGUUCCUUUGCUCUUGGCGAAGCUCCUCAGGUGUUUUGUUCUUCCAGCAGAAGACACGCUGAAGUUUCGUCCAUUAGGCGAUGAGACAUUCGAUGCAAACUCUUGCCUACAUUUGAACUAUAUUAGUUCCGCUUUCCGCUUGUUUGUAUAUAAACAUUACAUUACCUAUUCAGAAGGACAUACGGGCCAGUUUAUCAGGUCCAGGAUGGAAUAUGAAGCAGAGAAGUACCAGGAGCGACUGAAAGCUAUAGCGAUCCUGGGCAGGUUCUACAGGAGUGCUAGAAGGAACGAAAUGAAAGCAAGAGAAGGAGAAACGGCGUAUACAAGAGGAAGAGGAGCGAGCCAGGAGAGAGAUUGAAAAUGAGAGACUAAGAUUUCAGCAGCUCAAGAGGAAGUCCCUCAGAGACCAGUGGCUAAUGGAAGGACCUCCUACAUCUCCUGACAGUACGGGACCUCGAUCACCCCUCUGGGGUGCCAAGGCUCAGGAGAUAGAGACACACAUUAAGUUACAGGCGACGUCUGAGCAGUUGGCAGAGGAAGAACUGAAACUGAAGCAACUCAUUGAAGACGGUUCCAGUCAAACUGGCACAGACGCUCAGACACAACAUAAGGGAGAGGUCGUGGUGGAGCCGGCGGGAGCAGCAGUUGCUGAGACAGACCCUAAUGGACCUAUCAUGGAGAACGGAAAAGAGGAAAAGAAAGAUGAUUCUGUGCAGGAUGAAAAUCACGACGAGGAGGAAGCAGGACCAGUUAAUGGUGCUAAAACAGAAACAGACACCACACCACCUCUUAACGGAAAUGUGGAAGGAGAUCAAUCACACAGUGGUCCAGAAGAGGACGAACAUGCUUCUGCUAACGACUUCAACAGCCACCCUGCUGGAGAACUAGGUGCUGGUGGUGUAACUAUGACCUUCCUUGGCUUCAAGGAGGCGGAGCCUGGGCAGGGAGUAGAUGAGAAUGAUGAUGGCGGAGCAAUUAUCAGAGCAGAAAGAGUCAUCAUCACAGACGAAGGGGAGGAAAUCCCAGAGGAGGUCAAAGCUGCUCAAGAGCCUACUGUGGACACCACAAAUGAAGACACUUCUGGAAACACAGAAGAAAAUGGUGCUGAGGAAAAGACAGAGAAGCAUCCGGAAGCUACUGCUGACCCAGAACAUGCAGAAGUGAUUGAAGAUCCUCCUGCUGAGGAGAUACUUCCAGAUGUAGCAGGUGAAGGUGAGACACGAGAGGAGAAAGAUCUUCCUGAAUCGACUGAAACACAACCUCAGAAUGUGACAGUAGAUGGCACUAUCGAGGCAGCCCAGGUUCCAGUUUAUUCCACAACACAACCAUCUCCAACAAUCAGACCAAAAGUCGAAGCAAACUCAACAGAAUCGCAAACCCCAAAAGACGAGGAGGUCACGCUCGCCACGCGCAUCUCGCUCAGCCAAUUUCAGGAUGUUCCACUGGAUGGCGCUGGAGAAACUGCGGAGUCAAACGCCAAGGCAGAAACAGAGAAACCGCGCGCUGAACAAGAGCCUCUGCUUGUCUCCAAAGCAGCGGCUCAGCUAGAUACCAGCGCCCCAAAUCGAGCAGAGGACGCAGGUGCACCAAAACAAAAAACCUGCCAAUGCUGUUCAAUCAUGUGAACAAUCUGUUGAUGUUUGACUGUCCCUUUUUUUAGUCUCCAUUCCUUUUCAUCGUGUCUUUCACUCUGAAUAUAGAGUUUGUUGUUCAAGACAUUGGUAUUUUGAUCUUCAGCUGUUCAGCAUGUCGGAAAAGUGUUUAUGAUGUACUGAAGCCUUCAAGACUUGCAUUGCCUUCACUGUAUUGAACUCUUUUCUGUGUAAGAAGAAGCACAUUGCCUUGCAGGAAAAGACUGGAAAGGCUUCAGUGUGCAUGAUGUUGUUGUUGAUGUGUCAUCACCAUUGGUUGCAUUCCCAGCCUCUGGUGUCUGAUUAUGCUCCUGUUUUUAUGUCUGGUGACUCUAGAGCGUUGGCUGCCGACCCACAGAGGCCUUGACUGUUUUAACACUACCAUAUAAAAAUAUUUUGUUUUUCUCAGUGCCGUGGGAAUCGUCGACCCACGUGGGUAAUUAAUAAAUCUCAACCUAUAAUAGUACAAUAUAGGCAUUCUCUAAUAGAAACCAUUCGUGUGCCUUGUUUAUGAAUCAAAUCAAAGAGACCAUAAAGAGAUGGAAUGGUUUCCUGUGAUUUUAUACACGCUGUAACAUCUUCAGAGUUUUUUGUAUUGUUGAUGUGUACUGAGUUUUAGUUUAAUUGCUUUUAUUGUUACAGUGCCUUUAACUGCCCGACAGAAGUGUUUUUAGACUUUAAAGGCAUGGUUUACCCAAAAUUCAAAUGUCUGCGAUGAAAAUAAUUUGAUGUUGUUUCAUAGAAAAGUUUUUUUUUUCUGCAGAACACAAGAUAAUUUAAAGACUGUUUCAAUAAAGAUAAAUUAUUUUGUCCUGCAGAAGAAAGAAAUGCAUGUUUGAAACAACAUGAGGGUGAGUAAAUGAUGACAGAAUUAAAAAAUUUAGGUGAACUAUCCAUUUGAACUGUUCAUAAUAUACUUCUGUGCAGUAUAUGGCAUAAACUGCUUUAUCAAUCUUGGCAACUUUAGGUUCAUUCUCCGACUAACAUUUCUAUAAGGACUGCUCCUGUUGUCUCUCAUUAACGAUGUUUAAAUUGUGUGUGAUUCAAGUUUCAUACCAUUAUAUGUAAUCAAUACUAUUCAAAGUUUUCGGUUUAAUUCAGGAACUUUUUUUUUCAGCAUAGAAAGUUUGAUGUAAAUUCUCAGUGCCUUAACUGAGAGCCUGUUUGUACAGUUUAAAUCAAGAGCUGAAUGAAAAGCAGGAAGGAUUUUGUACGAAAGUUUACAUUGGAAGAGCUGCAGGAUUAAUAAACUGAUGAAAUUGAA